UAACAUCCCUUCACUUUAGAGGAACAUUUUGUAACUGAACGGGAACAGCAGAACUUAUUGGAGAGAUUAUCAGGACAACACAGAAAGAGCUCAAAGGAGGAUGGCUGAGGGAGGUGCAGUGAACAUGCAAAUGCUGCAUGAGUCAUUUAAGAAGUUCGCGGCCUACGGAGACACCAAAGCCACCGGCAAUGAAAUGACUGGAAAAAACUGGGCCAAGCUGUGCAAAGACUGCAAAAUCGUUGAUGGCAAAAACAUCACCUCAACAGACGUUGACAUUGUCUUUUCGAAAGUGAAGGCCAAAACAGCUCGCAUAAUCACCUUUGAAGAGUUUAAAAGUGCUCUGGCAGAGCUGGCGCCAAAGAGAUUCAAAGGCCACACUAAGGAGGAAGCUACCGCGGCUGCUUACAAGCUGGUUGCAGGGAAAGAUCCAGCAAAUAUUGGUGUAACGAAAGUAACGAAGACUGGUGCUGUUAACAGGCUGACUGACACGUCCAAGUAUACAGGCUCCCACAAGGAACGCUUUGAUGAAGGUGGAAAAGGCAAAGGGAAGAUUGGUCGAGAGGACAUGUUAGAGAAUACAGGUUAUGUGGUUGAUGACUACGCGAGAUGCCGCCAGUAA